UCUUAUUUUUCAACAGACGAAUCUUUUCAUUGACUUCAUUUUCUUACUCUCAAACAAAAAUCUCAAUUUCUCUAUAAAGUCAUCAUCAAUGGCUCCGAAGGCAGCAGAGAAGAAACCGGCAGAGAAGAAGCCAGCAGGAGAGAAAGCACCGGCGGAGAAGCGACCAAAGGCGGAGAAGAAGAUAACGAAAGAAGGAGGAAGCGAGAAGAAAUCGAAGAAGAAAUCUAAGAAGAGCAUCGAGACGUACAAGAUCUACAUCUUCAAGGUCCUGAAGCAGGUUCAUCCCGAUGUCGGGAUCUCAGGGAAAGCGAUGGGGAUCAUGAACAGUUUCAUCAACGACAUAUUCGAGAAACUCGCUCAGGAAUCGUCAAAGCUCGCGAGGUACAACAAGAAGCCGACGAUCACUUCUCGGGAAAUCCAGACGGCGGUUAGGCUCGUGUUACCCGGAGAGCUCGCGAAACACGCCGUUUCUGAAGGGACUAAGGCGGUUACCAAAUUCACUAGCUCUUAGAGAGAGGGUUUUGGAAUUAAUGUCUGAUUAGUGAUGUUAUUUUUAUAUGGAUUAGGCUUCUUUGUUAAUUUAUGUGGUGGAUUUUAAAACAGUUUCAAUUUACGCUAAAUAAAAAAGCUUUCAUUUGUCAAAUUUCUCUGAAUCGUCUGCAGAGAAUUGUAUUCAUAAUAGUGUGGUUAGUGAUGA